UAUUUUUUUGUGAUCACAAUUCACAUACUACAUGUAGCAAACAUAAGCAUAACUUGUUAUUUGGAAUUUGUAUGUGUGUGUUGAGAACUAAGCAACGAGUUUACAAAUAAUAUAUUCACAUUCACCAUCAUAGAUUUAAAAUUGUAUUGAAUUUUUAGAAAUAAGAAGUUUAUUUGUUUAUUAAUUGUAUGUACUUGCUUUAAUGUUUUUCAUCUUGGACAAUAGUUUCGAAGUUGUAUACUGAAGAACAGUGUUCCGUGACUAUAAAAUAUCUUAAAAAUAUAGUCUUUACCAUAACUAGAGAAUAUAAUUCACUAGAAAAUCUUCUAUAAAGUUUGUGAAAGGACGCUAGGAAGUAGGGCAAAUAAAAGUGUAAACAAAGUGCCGGUCAUAUAGUAAGUUCUAGAUGCCCGUGCAUAUUUCUCAUAGCGAUAAUGGGUAUUAGUGUUUGAGAUCAUGGAAAGAUUGUCUCAUGACUUAAACCUGGCGCUGGAAGAGAGUAAUUGUGGCAGACAGGAGAGACGGAAACUGGGACUGCGAAGACGUACGAGGUCCGCUGGGAACUUGCCAGCUGCUGUAACAGUAAGUCUGGUCGAAGAUGGCAGUUCAAGCAGUCCCCCACAAGCUCCACUCAUCACUCAACCUCUCUCCGACUCUGAUGAUCCACAUCUCAGCAUACACAAGUCUACCAACCUGAAGAGUAGACACUACUGUCAGAUUGGCAACAUUGAAUCUGAUUCAUUCAAUGAAAAUUUCUCACCGACCCGUCCAGCGAAUGCCAGAAGGAAACGGAAGUAUAAGAAAAUGCCAGUUGAAUAUACCGAUGGGAAAUGCUCACCACCGAUUGAAAUAUUAAGCAUUGCUACCGAGCCUAAUGCCUUGCCAGUGACAAUUACUUUACAGUCACAAGGAGCAUCUCUUGGUCACUGUAAAAAACAGGAAAGGAACGCUUUUUGUGGUAAACGAAAAUGGUCACACAGAGACAAAGGUGACGGCUGUGAGAUGCGGGAGAGGUCGUUUAGUGGGGGAUGUUCGUCGAAAUCGGCGUUUUUCAAGAACGACAUUAAAUCAAAGAAACAUGACACAGAGAAAAAGAAAAAGGAAUCUGUCCUUCAACCAGGGAAAAUCAUACUCAAGUCACAAAACAGCGAAGAAGUGAAACCAUCAUUCUCCAGCACUCACUCACUACCUGGCAGUUCAAGUUUCAACUUUGUAUACAAGAAUCUAUCAAAGAACGGUACACCCACGCUAUCCAAACACUCUGGUUAUAGAAUAAUCACAGACCUGCCGCCAUUUUUCAGUCCAUCCACCAGCACAGGAAAAAAUAGCUUUGAUAGCAAAUAUUACAGGAAGAUUAAAAUACUGAAUAAGUCCCAUCCACCGAACACAUUACGGAACCCGUUGAAUUUCGAUGACUCCGCUGUAAUGGAUAUUGGUAAUGAGAGCAGUUCGUUGAGCAGUAGCGAUUCUGAUGGUGUUGUGACAAACGAUAGCGACAGGGAGGGAGACGACGAACUGACAGACUGGCCUGGAAUAGAAGAGCUGAAGGUCUUCAACAAGAGCCUCACCUUCAAAUCAUCAAAAUCUGUGAACAAUAAUUGCACUAAAUCCGUGAGUACUAUGCCACCGCCCAAAAGACUGAAGAAAGAGGGUAUAGGAUGGUCCAGUUCAAAGAAUAGGUUCAAAAAGAAAAGAGCCAAAGUCGAUUCCGGUAACGACGACGACACUUUGAUGUCCGAUUCGAAAACAGUCAUAGAUCUGGAGGACGAGGUUGAAAUCAAGGAAAUACUUCCGCAUGCAUCGUUUUCCACAUUCAGCGAUAUUAUCAACGCCGGCGCUUCGGGCAAGAACGCCGAUGGGAAAUUUCUUCAAUCCUUUCAGGCGUUCCAGGAGAAAACUUGCAAGGAGGACAUCAACCAGACCGCGGUUACGAAUUUCACUCUACAGAAAACGUCGUCAAGCGAUUUGAACUUGAGCGAGAAGUCUCCGCAGAGUGAUUAUUAUUACAGUGAGCAGUCAAUGGGAAACGUAGCUGAAGUGAGGGAAAUAAGGGCUGGUUGCAGGCGAAUACGGGAAGAAAGACCUGGUUUCCUCAUACUGAGUGCUGCAAACGAGCAAUUGUCCAGGUUCCUGCAGGAUUCAUGCCAAACGGAACUGAAGCUGGCCAGUCUUAAUGACCCCCUGGAGAAAGGGAAAUUGGAGUCGCUGGCAAAAUUAUACUCACUAGAACUUCAAGUUGAUAUGGGAAAACCAAUCUUGAGGAAGACUAGUAAUACAAUGCAAGCCAUCAGAGUGGAGCACCAUUCCCAUCAUAUAUUUCCGUCAGAUCACAAAAGACGUUGUUAUGGGGAGGAAGUGGACUCAAGUCUGAGCGACCAGAAUUCUGUGAAUUCAGUCAAUGAAUUGGACGAUACUACACCAGAGGUCAAGCUCUGUGAUAUCACACAGGAUUUAGAGGAGCAAUUCAAUUACGCCCAAGUUGAUAAAUCCUUACUGCAUCCAGGAGAAUUAGAUUGAUUUAGUGCUUAACAACUAUUCAUGUACCGACCAGGUAUAGCGUAUAUGAGAAUUAUUCCUGUAGAAUUUAUAUAUUCGGAACAGUUCUUUUUGAAAUUAAUAAAAUCCUAUAGUGUAAAAGUUAAUUGUUAUCGUAAGUUUUGAACUUGCUUGGAGAAUCAUGAUUUUAUGCCAAUUUUUCAGAUGUGACAAUUUUUAAAAUUAAUGAAUAAAAAUACUUAAGUUUCUUAAAUUGAUCUCUUAUAUGUAACGAGAUGUUAAAACAUAAAAUGCAAAAUAAAUAUUGUAUAUAAUCCAAUCAAAA